ACAGCAACAACGCAUCGUCUCAUCAAUUACUAUUCUAUUGAUCAAUCCAAGGAAUAAGCAGGCGCCGACGCCAUUGCUGAGCUGCUUACAUUGGAUUCGCCAUUGCCUAUUUGCCUUUGUUGCUCUCACACUUUUACCCACAGCCUUGAAGAAGGGGGAGCAGAAAAUAUCGAAUCGUCGUCGCUAGCAGUUACGAAAAAAGAUGGGAGAAGAGGAAGAUGCAUCUCCGCCACCGCCGCCGCCGCAGGAUUGGCGCACUUACAUAUCGGAAGACCUCCCUCGCACCGUCCAGGAGUCGGCCGACACCGCCAUUCGCUCCGCGCGCACUCUCCAGCAAUCUUCCUCCACUCAUCUCCGCUCUUUCCAGGAUUUUGUUCCCCAAAUCGGAACUCGGUAUAGAUAUUACGAAGAGGCUUUCUUCACCAAAGUUAAAGAUGAGUUAGUGAACUUACGAGAACAUCCUGCACUGACCGCCGGAGUUGCUGUUACUUCCUGCCUCCUCCUUAUGCGAGGACCCAGAAGAUUUUUGAUUCGGCAAACAUUGGGUCGACUUCAGAGUGAGGAGGCACAAUUUGUUAGAGCUGAAAAGAAUUUGAAAGAGUUGAGUCUAUCUGUUGACUUAAUGAAGAAGGAGAGCAAAAAGCUUCUUCAGCGCUCUGUGCUUGCUGAAAGAGACAUGAUUCGUGGCCAUUAUGAUCUCAGGGAUGCUGGAACUCAGAUUCAAAGAUUUGCUAGAUCAGUUAAUAAGGCACAAACAGAAGCUGCGGGUAAAGCCUCUUCUUCUUAUUGGCUCUCUUUGCUUUUCAUAAUCCCACUAUACUUUUACCUAGAAUAUGCCAGCUUAGAAACCGAGAAUAAGAGCUGCCUUUCCUUUCCUAUCUUUAAAUUUCAUAUUUGUUAUGACACACUUCUACAGUGUGUUGAAUCAAAAUUGAAACUGACACAAAAACAUUAAUAAAACAAAGGUAAUGAUUUCAUACACCUAUAGUAGCCCUUGACUGAGGAAAACCAAAAAACCCAUCCCUUGAAAGCUAUAGGUUUAGCUUAGAUUCAUUCACAGAGAAAGAGAGUUCAUCUUCUGUUGUAGUUUGUCUUUUGAAUAUCAAUAUAAUUCCUCUUGGUUUGGAA